CGUUACUUAUAUAGACAUCGCAAAUAAAAGAAUUCUUUUUCAAAUUGUUUAAAUGGGAAGUCUUUAAUUAUUCCCGUCACGUCAUUAUUGUGGCCCAAAGUAAAAAAAAAGUUAUUUUAUUGGGGUUGAGUAUCAGCCACACUGACUUAUCGAAAAAUAAACAAAUAAAAAUGGCACUGAACUCUCAGCUGAAGGAUCUUAUCCUAAACACCCGCGUGCCACUCAUCCUGAACCAGUUUCCGCUGGAAUGGGAGUGCUUCGAGGGCUCAGUGCACGACUGGUGCGAGCGGUUUGACCAGGAGGCCACCGAUCCUCCAGAAUUUGAGCUGAUGGCCUUGUCGGACAGCAGAACACCACAGUGGGAGCGGAAGCGGACCAAAGCCAGUAAUCUGGGCAUGCAGCAGUUCCUGCGCGAGUUCGGCGUCCUGGAGGAUAAUCAGACCCACUGGGCGGCGUACCAGUACAAGCGCGCUCACGAAAUGCCUGCCAGUUGCCUGAAAGGCAUAGACUUCUCCUGCUUCGGCUUCCCGGAGCACGGCAACGACUUUAGUCUCUGGCUGGGGUCGGAACAGGCCAACACGCCAUGUCACUACGACACCUUUGGCGUGAACAUCGUGGUGCAGGUGCACGGCUGUAAAUCCUGGCUGCUCUUUCCGCCCGAAACGCCACUGCAAAGCACGAGAAUUCCCUAUGAGGAGUCCAGUGUCUACUGCCUGGAAAACUUCUACGCGCCGGAUCCGGAGAAGAUCCAGCACUUUUUGGAACUAGGCCGUGAUGCCUAUCAUUGCAACCUUCAGGCUGGCGAUGUGCUCAUCGUCCCACGCCACUGGUGGCACUACGUGGAGGCUAUGUCCACCUCGCUUAGUGUCAACUACUGGGUGCCGCUCAAAGUGGACAUGGACCUGGCUUUGGACGAGUUCCUAGUUAAGCACAUCGUAGAGAGCUUCGUCAAGGGCGAGAGCGAUCAGAUGAAGCAGUACCUUCUUAAUCCCAACCAGCUAGAGGACAUCUCGGCCAGGCCAAGCGAGCUUUUCGCCCAGUUCGAGCGCGCGGUGCAGAAUAUGGAAAGCCGUCAGAGCAAUCGCAAGCUCUGGGAAACCGACUACAUCAGCCAAGCGGAUUGGCAGAGCCUUCUCAAUAGCAACAACCUGAGCGCGCGGCCUUUGGAAGUGAUGUCCCAAGAGGAGUACAAGCUAUUGAUGAACAGUAACGCCAAGAGAUUCCAGUCAGAUACGAGUCCACUUGAGCCAUCUCCCAUCAGCUCCACCUGGGAGCUCCUCGUGAGCAGCAUGUGUGCUCCGCGCGUAAUUGCGGGAAUGAAACGCGAGUUCUUCCGAAGACUGAGACAAAGCAACACGUCUUAGCUGAACAUGCAAAUUUAAGAACAUAAUCUUUACUGUGAUACGUGAUAAUAUUGUUGCAUAUAUGAGAUUAAAAUCCAAUAAGCCAUCAACAUGUAUGAUACAAUUUCCAAACAGAACCAGAACACGGAGCAUUAAAUGCCGAAUACCAUC